ACAAGGCAGGGCUCAUUCCAGUCCACAAAGCCUGCACUGUCCUUCUCCUGAAUGAUUCCUUCCAUGUGAGCCAAGAGGAAGACUUAGAAGGGUGAGGGGGGGAAGGUGCUCUAAAUCCACCAUAAUAACCUCCAUGGGGCAGCAGGUGGGGUGGCCCUUUAAAAAGGAGGAGCCUGGCUUCAGAGAGCCAGAAAAAGGGCUGGGUGACCCGCAAGGAGGGAGUCCAAGGAUGGCUGCAACCAGGGCCCUGCCUGCUGGCUUUGGGGAACUCGAGGUGCUGGCUGUGGGGACAGCGCUGCUGAUGGAAGCAGCUACUUAGACCCAGGAGACACCUGCCUCAAGCUAGAAUCACCUCGAUGCUCACGCUCUCUGGCCUCAGCCUCAAUGGCCUGACCAUCUUCUCUUUCUGCAAGACUCCAGAUCUGCGGACUCCCAGCAAUCUGCUGGUACUGAGCCUGGCCCUGGCAGACAGUGGGAUCAGCCUGAAUGCUCUUGUUGCAGCUGUGUCCAGCCUCCUCCGGCGCUGGCCAUAUGGUUCAGAGGGAUGCCAGGCUCAUGGUUUCCAGGGUUUUGCAACUGCACUGGCCAGCAUCUGUGGCACUGCAGCCAUUGCCUGGGGUCGCUACCACCACUACUGUACACGUAGACAGUUGGCAUGGAACACGGCCAUCCCUCUGGUGCUGUUUGUGUGGCUAUCAUCUGCCUUCUGGGCAUCCCUGCCCCUGAUAGGCUGGGGCCACUAUGACUAUGAGCCUUUGGGGACAUGCUGUACAUUGGACUAUUCUAGAGGUGACAGAAAUUUCAUCAGUUUCCUCUUCACCAUGGCAUUUUUCAACUUCCUUGUACCCCUUUUCGUCACACUCACUUCAUACCGGCUCAUGGAACACAAACUCUCCAGGAGUGGUCAUCCCCAGGUGAAUACCACUCUGCCAGGCAGGAUGCUGCUGCUGGGCUGGGGUCCCUAUGCCCUCCUGUACCUAUAUGCAGCCAUCGCAGAUGUGAGCUUCAUCUCUCCCAAACUACAGAUGGUGCCUGCCCUCAUUGCCAAAGCCAUGCCCACAAUCAACGCCAUCAACUACACCUUGCACAGUGAGAUAGUCUGUAGAGGAAUCUGGCAGUGCCUAUCUCCACAGAAGAGCAGGCAGAAGCAAAUCCAGUGAGAUUCUUCAAGGGCCUGAUCACAGUCAAGCCUACCUCUACAAGUCUGGCUUGAGCCCCUGGCCAAGAAGAUGCUCUAGAAUACUUCUCAGCAGCCCCAGAGCCAUGCCCGACACUUAUCCACCAACCCCAAGAGCCGUAUUGAGUCCAACACUAGGCUGGACCCAAGUAUUCAGAUACUAAGUUCCAUGGAAGGAGUACCGGUCACAGCCCUCUACACACAGACUAAGAGGUUCUGGAAAAGUAGCUCUUUCCAACAUCAGUUAUCUGAAUCCAGAGUAAAGAUGUCAUUAUGGACUAACAGGAAUGCUGUAUGAUUGAACAAGCUAGCAUAUAUUCACCAAGCACAUGAAGUGUUUACUGAAGCAGAACUACUCAUAUGAACCCUGGCCAUGUCCUACAUGAACCCAGUCUUACUAUAAAAGAAGAUAAAGCCCUGGGAUUUGUUUUGGGGAACUCAUCUGAGGCUGCCAGCCUCAAAUAACCCUUCCAAGUUGUAGUGGCAUCGGUGACUUAUUCUACCCUUGCUCCAUGCCCCUUCUUGUGAGAUGGGAUAAAUAGUAAUGAUGGUUUGACCCUUCAGAUUGAAGCGUACCACUCAGGUUAAGUACUUCCUGAGUCAGCCACUAGCCCAGAAUUCAAAAUGAGCCCGUGGUUGUAUGAGAUUUGAAUUAAAGAUUGCUUUAAAAUGUUUUGAAA